GGUGGAGAUAUAAAUGUCCUUAGGGACCUGGUGAAGCUGGGCAUGUUGGGACGCAAGUCGGGCAAGGGCUGUUUCGACUACACCAGCCAUGCCAAGCACCGUCACGUGAACUCCGCCCUCUCCGAGGUGCUCACCCAGUACGCCGUGCCGCCCGUCGUGCCGAACAGCCCUCAACGCAUCCAGUACCGUCUCUUCUCACGUUUCGUCAACGAGGCUGUGCUGUGUCUGCAGGAGGGAAUUCUCGUUAACGGGCCCGUGGAGGGUGACAUUGGAGCCGUCUUUGGCCUCGGCUUCCCUCCCUGCCUGGGCGGUGAGUCAUCUAUAACCUGCUGA